GGAUUUGUGACGAAAAAGACGUUUUCCUGCGCAGUAAUUUGGCUUUUCGUGUUUCUCUUCUCGCCGACCUUCACUCUCUCUACACGGUUUGCCUUCGUCGCGCUAUUAUUGUUACUAUUAUCACUCCAUCCCCCAUACAAGCAAAAGCUAACCAUGGCGGAACUCCCCACCGGUCCUCUCCCGACUGAUCUGGAGCAGUCGAUGCUGCAGAUUAUGCACGACGUUGGUCUGAGCUCUCUGACAAAGAACAUUCUGCGUAAGCGCCUGGAGGCGAAGUACAAAAUCGAGUUCGCGUCGCACGCCGCAGAGGUGGACAAGACAGUGAGUAAGCUCAUGAUGACUCCUGAGAUCCAGCGUGAGCUCGCCAAAAUCCAGCAGGAGAAGGACAGCGUCAGCGCCCGCCGCGCGGGUGCGAAGCGCAGCGCCAGCAGCGACAAGAAGUCGAGGAAAGAGGAAAAGAAGGAGAACAAGCGUGAGGUGAAGGCGAAGAAGCCGGAGGACUACCCGAAGGCGGCCUUGUCCGCAUACUUUAUCUUCGUAAACGAUAACCGCGACAAGGUCAGGGAGAAGAACCCUGAAAUGAAGCUCACCGAGAUCCUCUCCGAAGUGGGAAGCAUGUGGAAGGCCCUCUCCGAGUCUGAAAAGGCGCGAUACCAGAAGCUGGCUGACGAGGACAAGAAGCGCUUCGACGCUGACAUGGCAGCUUACACUGCAAAGGGCGGCAAGGUGUUCAAGCGCAGCGUCAAGUCGUCGAAGAAGGCGAAGAAGGAGAAGGACCCGAACGCGCCGAAGCGCGCUAUGUCCGCGUACUUCUUCUUUGCCGGCGACUACCGCGCCAAGCACACCGGUAUCCCCGCCAAGCAACAGAUGACCGAGGCUGGCGUGGCCUGGGGCAAGAUGUCGGAGGAGGAGAAGAAACCGUACGAAGAGCUCGCGGCGAAGGACCGCAAGCGAUACGAGGCGGAGCGCGCGGGGCACGGCGGCGCCAAGUCAUCUGCGAAGGCAGAUGCUUCCGAAUCCGAGUCCUCCUCUGACUCUGGCAGCGACUCCGAGUAG